GGCACACUUGGGCCACCGUACACAGGUCCAAUGUCUCCACAUUCGUAACGAUCCCUUUCCCAAAGUCGGUUUUCGACCCCAAAACAAAACUCCAACACUUCUUCAGUUACAACCUUCAAAAGGGCCCUGAACCCUAGAUCUAGGCUCGACAGAUGAAUGCCUGCUUUCAUUAAGCCCGGCUGCGACUCGCGGCAUCGCUUUGCCUGCAAAGCUCUCUUCAGAGCUCUUCUUCGCACGGGCUACCGUGUGCCUCUGCCUCAUGAUGUCGCUACCGCUCUAGACGAAAAGCAAAACCCUAUUCGUGCCCUCAUUCGCAAUGGCUUUCGCCGCAACAGCUCCGAGACCAGCUUGCGCCUGGUCAAUUCGGCACUCAACAAAGGCUACCGCUUCCUCGAACUGCUCACCCUCGCGCGCGACGAGUCCUCCCCCGCCCAUGCCGACGUUCUCCGAUUUCUACGCGAAAACAAUGAGCGCGUCCUCGCCAUACGAGAGAAGAAGCGCCAAGAGGCCGAGAAAUUCAAGAAAUUUGCGCCCAACCCCGACGCCAUCCCGCUGCUGACCAAGAUACCGAGCCCCAACGGCAAAGGACCCCCGACCUUUGUCCCUACCGUGCGUCCGCUGCCGCUGGAAAAGCUGUCCGGCGGCGUGCGCAAGUUGCCUACCCUCGACGAACUCGGCGGCCACCCGUUUCUGCGCCUGCGCAAGCCGCAAUCCGAAUACCUCGGCCGCGUGCUCCGACAGAAAUUCCAGCGACGCCAGCGAUGGGCCGAAAAGUACCACGAGCUUGUCAGCGAAGAGCUGGCCGACGCGGAGCAGGAGGAUGCCUGGGACGACAUGGUGGAGGACAUGUUGCAGGGCGAGCCACAGCCGUGGGAAGAGCCGGGGUACUAUGCUACAGACGGUGCGGGCCGGCAGCGAUGGACGCAAAGCAAGCAAUCGGCUAGGCGGGCGCGGACGAGCCAUGGGUCGUAUGCGCACGCUGUCAAGCUGGCUAUGGCAGACAUCGAGCUCAAGCAGAAACGGGAGUGGGACGAGAUGAUUGCCAGGGGUAAGGCGUUGUGGAAGUUGGUGCUGGAGGAGAGGACUCUGGCUGAGAAGGAGAAGAAGAGCAGGAAAAAGAAGGAAAAGGUCCAAAGGAAGAGAGAGAGGAGGAGGGAGGCGAGGAGGUUGAGGAGGAUAGCAAAGAUGAAGGAGACUCUACGGCAGUGGAGAGUUAGGACUCAGGAGAGGAAGAAGAAGGAAGGGGCCGAGAGGAAAAAGCUACAAGUGGAGCAGGACGCGUGCCAAUUGGAAGAGGCAAAGUCUCCAGAGCUGGUUACUGUUGAACAGGAGGCUGGGAAAGUAGAGACUGAAGACAACACGCCUGAGGAGGGACGUCUAAGGGGUUCACGGGCAUUGAAAGCAACCCGCCAACCUAAGAGAACCAAUGUCAAGACAGUAGCGGAUGUGAAGGAUACCGAAUCCCCAGCAGUACCCGUAGAACCGGCAAAGGAACCCGCAGCAACCUUGGAAGAGACAUCAGCAUCUCUUGAGGAAAAAGAAUCGGAAGCGGACCCAGUUGAGGUACAACUUCAGGAGGAGCCAACAUCAGCUUCCCCAGCGCCCAAGAAGAGAGGAAGGCCAAAGAAGGUGGAUUUCGAGACCCUGGCGACGGAAUCGUCUACCGAGCCAGAUACCACAGCGCUAAAGAGACGAGGCAGGCCACAAAAGGCGGUAACCCCUACCGAGGAAGAAGCUCCAAAGAAGCGCGGUAGGCCUCGGAAGGCAGUAGCCGCCACAGAGGAAGAGGCAGCUCCAAGAACCUCAGCUCAAAAUGCCGGCGCUUUACAUGCCGGCGGCGUUGCGCGCGACACUUUCCCACCGACGGCCAUCCAUCCAACUGGACAAAAUCAGAUCCGGAUACUACUGUGAUUGUAUGUGCUGAUCCGCCUUCAGCAGACAGCAUACAAUUGGCCCCAAUUUCACCUCAGCUUUUUUCUGAUAACUUGGAGGCUGAGCCGCCCAGGAGGAGGGAAACACCAGGGAUGUGGGCGGAUGCAUUAGAGGUCCGUUAAGAGGCAAUUGGCUAGCUGAAGCUGAAUUUAGAGAAGAGGGAAGACUCUAGAAGGAGAUAACAGGAACGCUGGCGGUGGAAUCUGGAGCUUCUCAAGAAGAGAGGGGGGCUAAAGAAGGUCACGACGAUACUCUGCCAACACGAGCCUGUUGCUGCUCUUACCACUACCACCCCGAUUUAAACAGCUUCAUCCAUCUUUCCAAUAACCGCCCCAGCGGCAACCCUCAGAAAAAAAACAGCAGGAGCAAACGAAAGCAACUCUUCCCCUCCGAAGCCGCAUCCAGCCCUUCCUCAUCUGCUCCCAAUACAAAUACCACAGCUACCAUUACCACUGGAAGCGUACAUGCGCCGCCAACCCUAACGACCCUCUCGACCGGCUUCUGCAAGCAUCGCCACCCCCUUCAAAGUGUCUCAUCAAGCAUCCCACCAAACUCACGAACAAAACCAUAGCCUCAGCCGCCCAAGCCCUGGGUAUAAACAUGGAAAAUCAAUGUACCAUAAAAUCGACGUCCAAUUCAAAGGUAAGGCUGUCGCACAUGAACGUGACAUGAAAUGGCUUGCCGAAGUCGCUUCAAGGGUCUCGAAACUGGGUAGUUAAGAGGAUGAACGGUGUUGUCCGCCACCAGCACCGCGGAAGGUACACUACGGAUAUGUGGGAGCGGAUGCUUUGCAAGUAGGUCGAGAUUGAUAGACCCCGUCUCUCUGAUCCGGACUUUUUGGAAAGACGCCCGGUUACUGGCCAGACUCAACGCCGGAGUCGCAGGAGAUAUUGAUCAAGGCUCUAGACUAGUGUGGUACAGGCUGUGUUGGAUUGAUUGGUGGUGUGUGGGAGUUUUAAGCCUAUGGGAUGGGUAUGGCAGAAAGGAACAGAGGACGAGUUGGUGCUAUGGUGUGGGGAGGUGAUGGAAUUCGGGGAAAACGGAGAAGAAGGAGGAUUUUGAGUUGUGGGAAAGACAGCGGGAGGAAAAGAAGAAGAAGAAGAGGUAAGGGGUUGGGAUCUUGAAUCAUAUUCUCUGAGAGCGGAAAGGGGAGAAAGAGAACCGUCCGAUAAUCCGUAGGGUAUUGACUGACCGGAUGUUUCGACGGCACUAAAGCUACAGAUUCCAAUGAACGGAUAACUCGUGAUGAACUUUAACUGUAACAUCAAGUAGACAAAUGUCUCCUUAUCG